AAGUCGAGGAGUCCAUCAACUUUUUUUCGAUAUUGGAGUCGAGGUAGAACAAACCCUCGAAACAUGCCAAGCCAUAACUUCAGCCCCGCCAAUGGCAAGGCUGCCAGCAAUUGGGGACGACAUUUGACUUGCGUUGCCCGCAGUCUCCGAACUGCUAUACCAAGCAGGUUGCAGUCCCUUGUUCCAAUCAAACUGGCCUGGAAGUUCUGUCUACACAAGAUACGCUCUGCAUGCUUUGAUUACUGGCAAGGGACAUCCUAAUAUAACACAACCAACCCUCACCACAGCUGCAGCGCCGCAGCCAAACACCUCAAGAUGCUCCUCCUCGACUACCAGAAUGUCCUGCUCCAAUCCAUCCUCACAGAACGCUUCUCCGGCGCCCCUCCUCAAUCAAUAGACCAAGUGGUAUCCGACUUCGACGGCGUGACAUUCCACAUCUCCACACCAACCUCGAAAACCCAGAUCCUCAUCUCCCUGGCCAUAAAAUGCUACAGCGAACUUGUACAGUAUGGUGCCGAAGCCGUCCUCCAGCGCGAGUACGGCAGCUACAUCACCUCGACUGAAGCAGGCUACGACUUCUCCAUCUUAAUCGACCUAGAGAGCCUGCCGUCCAGUCCUGAAGAGAAGGAAGAACUAGUCCGCCGCAUCUCUUUGCUGAAACGCAACGUCAUGGCCGCUCCGUUUGAGAAGGCCUACGACGACUUUGCACAAUUGUCCGAGGAAGCGGCCAAGUACACCUCUGAGUCGGCGCCUCAAGGUGUCCAAGAAGGAGGGGAAGUCAUGGCGAUACACUACCGCGAGGAAGAAGCCAUAUACAUCAAAGCCAGCCACGAUCGAGUGACCGUGAUAUUCUCGACGUUGUUCAUCGAUGCGGUCGAUCGUAUCUUCGCGAAGGUAUUUCUGCAGGAGUUUGUGGAUGCGAGACGGCGCGCCAUUCAGAACGCUCCGCAGGUGUUGUUUAGGAGUGACCCGCCUUUGGAGCUACAGGGGCUCAAGGGAGUGGGCAAGACGGGCGAGAAAGGGGAAUUGGGGUUCAUUACAUUUGUCCUCUUCCCACGACAUUUGACACGGCAGCGCCGUGAGGAUGUCAUUUCUCACAUCCAGACUUUCCGCGACUAUUUCCAUUACCACAUCAAAGCGUCAAAGGCGUAUAUUCAUUCGAGAAUGCGGCGGAGAACGGCGGACUUCCUGCAAGUGCUCAAUCGCGCAAGACCGGAGACGGAGGAACGAGAAAGGAAGACCGCAAGCGGUAGGACAUUCAGAGUGCAAGGCUAAGCUACAUGGUAAGCUUCGUCCAGGUGGUGGACACUCUUGAUGAGUAUCAAAAGUGGUAUCUUUGCCCAUGGUCUA